AUGGAGCCCGACGGCGUCAAAACAGGCGGCUAUAGGCCGUUGUUACGGGUUGACAUCGACUCAGCUGGCAACGCGAAGGGGGAGUCGACAAAUAUCACGGGGGGCAGCUCGCACAAAGCAAUAACUCCUCAUGUAUCCACUAACAUCUUCGUGGCCGGCAUUCCAUCCUCGUGGGACGAUGACGCUCUACGAGAACGCUACAAGGAGUUUGGUGAGAUUGUCUCGACAAAAGUAGUCAAGAACCGACAUUUUGGAUUUGUAAUGUUUCGAAAAGCGGAUUCUGCGCACGCCGCGAUCAACGCCACACACCUGACACAGCCAACUCCCAAUAGCACCACUCUCCUGCACGUUUCCAUCGCCAUGCACGACGAGGGACUUGAUGACCAGCCGAACGACCGCCUUUUUAUUCGCGGGCUGCCGCAGUGGGCGACAAAGGAACACCUUCGACAAAUGUUCUCGCCGUACGGCGUCAUCACAGAGUGUGCGGUUCUCAUGAACCCUCUCGGGCAGUGCAAAGGGUCUGGCUUUGUCCAGUUUUCCUCACAACAAGAGGCCACUGCCGCCAUCAAAGCGCGGGACUCCAUUAGCAUGGAUAAUUGGCCACACCAACUAGAGGUGAAGUACUCCGAGUCGGCCGAAGUGCGACAGAUGCGGCAGGAACGCAACCGCAAUCGCCAGCGCCACUGGCUCCCCUUGCCACAGUAUCGUGGCGGCAACACCCCCAGCUCCCUCCCCUCACCAUACCUGGGCUUUUCGCCGCCGCUCUCCCUAAUUCCGUCUCAGCAAGUGUUUCCAGUUAUGAACACAGUUCCGUUCCCGAUUGUGUAUCCACCAACGCCACCCACCACGAGUGCCCCGACGCAGAUCGUGUACCCCCAGCCAAUCUAUCAACCCAUGCCUCCUUUCUACUCGCCUUCUGCACUGCCUGUCUUAGCACCUAUUCCGCUUCCUCAAAAAGGUGACCUGCACUUUAGUGGCCCGCCGUUGACAGAGGAGCUGCUGCGUCUCCUGCUGCAGUCCUACGGCGAGGUGGAGGCAAUCAAAAAGCUGGAUAACGACACCGGAAUAGCGGUGCGCCUGCGAGAUGUGACGAAGCACUCACUAGUGAUGCAGCAGCUAAACGGCUCGCUGUUUCCAACCGGGCAGUUGUUGGCGGUCGGCAUUUACGCGUAG